GAAAGUUUGCUCUGGCUGGGGAACACCUAGUUCCUGUCAGGUUUUUCCAGCUGAGAAAAAGACGACACAGUGACACACGACAUUGUUACAGCGUCUGCAGUGGAGGCUGUAAAACACAGGCUGGGUCAGUUUGCACUGAGUGAGAGUGUUUGUGUUUGUGAAUCUUUACAAUGACCAGAAAGGCCUCUCAGAAUGGACAGACCAAAGCAGACAGGGGUGUCAAAGCAGCAUGUGACCCCCCAGGUAAAGUGGAGCUGAGGAAAAAGGUUACUCUGCUGCGAGGAAUCUCCAUCAUCAUUGGCACUAUCAUCGGAGCGGGAAUUUUCAUUUCUCCAAAGGGCAUCCUGCAAAAUUCCGGAAGCAUAGGAAUGUCCCUGGUGGUGUGGGUGGCCUGUGGGUUGCUGUCUUUAUUCGGUGCUCUGUCCUAUGCUGAGCUGGGCACCAGCAUAAAGAAGUCUGGAGGUCACUACACGUACAUUCUGGAGGCCUUCGGCCCGCAGGUGGCUUUCGUACAGCUGUGGGCAGACAUCAUCGCCAUUAGGCCUGCAGGUGUGGCUGUGAUUUCUCUGGCUUUUGCCCGUUACAUUUUGGAGCCGAUCUUUAUGCCGUGUGGAGUCCCUCAGAUGGCCAUCAAGCUGACCACAGCAAUCGGAAUCACUAUGGUGAUGUACAUUAACAGUAUGAGUGUGAGCUGGACAGCCAGGCUGCAGAUCUUCCUCACAUUCAGCAAACUGCUGGCCAUCAGCAUCAUCAUAAUCCCAGGACUGUACCAACUGUUUAAAGGAGAGACCAAAAACUUCCAGAAUGCAUUUCAAGUGGACACAGUCCAGCUGACCAACCUGCCCCUUGCCUUCUACUCAGGGAUGUAUGCCUAUGCUGGCUGGUUUUACUUGAAUUUUGUGAUAGAGGAGGUGGAAAAUCCUGAGAGAAAUGUCCCCUUGGCUAUAUGCAUCUCCAUGGUGAUCGUUACUGUCGGCUACACAUUAGCCAAUGUGGCCUACUACACAGUUAUUUCAGCAGCAGAGCUACUGGCCUCGCAUGCCGUUGCUGUGACAUUUGCAGAGAAGCUGAUGGGCAACUUCUCCAUGGCAGUUCCAAUAUUUGUAGCUCUUUCGUGCUUUGGUUCUAUGAAUGGUUGUCUGUUUGCCAUCUCUAGAAUUUUUUAUGUAGCCUCUCGAGAGGGUCAACUUCCUCAGAUCCUGUCUAUGAUUCAUGUCCGCCGACAUACACCGAUAGCUGCUGUUAUUAUUCUGUAUCCUGUCACUAUGCUCAUCCUAUUUCUGGGGGACCUCUACAGUCUGCUGAACUUCAUGAGCUUUCUACGCUGGUUCUUCAUUGGGGUUGCCGUAACAGGGCUCAUCUACAUGCGCUACACACGACCAGAGAUGCCCCGCCCCUUCAAGGUUCCCAUUUUUAUCCCAGCUGUUUUCACCUUCACAAGCUUCUUCAUGGUCUUCCUCUCGCUGUACUCUGACCCGGUCAACACCGGCAUUGGCUUUGCCAUCUCGCUCACGGGAAUCCCUGCUUAUUACAUUUUUAUUGUCUUCAACAAGAAACCCAAGUGGUUCCAGAGAUUCUCAGACUCUGUGAAGACAUCACUACAGAUCAUCCUGGAGGUAGUUCCUGCUGAUAACUGACCCUUCCUGACACCCCUUGUCCCUCCUUCCUUUUUUCAUUCCUUUCUUUUAUAGAACAUGCUCCCUUCAUCCCUCCCUCAUUUUCAUUCCUCUUUUAUGUUUUGUAGAAAACACUCCUCUGAGUGAUAUGCUCUCGCUGUCUCUCGCACCACAAGAGAGAAUGAGAGAGACCUUUCAGUACCCAUGCAGGAAAACACUUUCACUAUCACUGUCUCCUCUGAACCGUAAAUGCGUUCAUACACAGCAGCUAGAAUUUGUAUUCACCUUCUUUUGGCAGGGCCUUAUAUUAGUUUGGCUACCCAUGUAGUCUACAGCAGUCGGUAUUGGAAGUCCUGAAGUUCUACCUUUCUGCAGACUUUCUAAUCUAAAAUUUAACAGAUCUGAUCCAGCUUCAGAACACCUUGGUUAAUAUGGGUUGGAACUGAACGGAGCUCUAAGGACCUACACUGAGCCAAAUUCCAUUAGUCUUAUAUAACUGUAGUUACAUAUUAUUGCUGUCAAAAGAAAACAUCUCCAAAAUGCUGUACGUGUUUUAUUUAGUGCCAAAAGAAGUUCUAUACUUGCAUCUAUAGCUGAUCCCUUUUUGGUGCUUUAUGGUAUGUAAAACCAUUUUUAAAAAGGUUCUUUAAGGAAGCAGGUAAAACAGGUCGUUCAUAGAGAAGAACCAUAUGCCAUUCAAAGGGUUCUUUGAGAUGUCAUGGUUCUACAUAUAACCUUGCCUAUGCCAAAGAACCCUUGAAGAACCAAUUUUUUAAAAAGAUCUACCUACAGAGUAUUGAGAACAUCUGUAAACAUCUACACAAUGUAGCCUAAAAUGAAUCUGUCCUUUUCAAAUAAAACUGAAAUGUUCAAGUUUUCUAAUGACAGCAAUGAUAUGCAUCCAACAUCUCUUCUGUCUUGCAACUUGUAAAAAAUUUUAAGCAGAAGAGGCUGUCAGAGUGUCUCUAGAUAGAUAGAUACUUUAUUGAUCCUGAAGGAAAUUUAGCAAUGUUAAGAAGGACAUUCAGAAAUUGGUCUAAUUACAUGUGCGCUGACAGGCUCACGCAGCAGACUGAAAGUGGGAACGUGCUGCUCGAGGAUGUGACAUUAGCCCAGCUUGGAUGAGCAGUUUGAUGUAAUUGUGGAGAAAAUGAUCAGUCACAGAUGUCCUGCAGUGUGCUUGCUCUACACGGUGCCCAUGCCAGCUAGCAGAACCCCACUGCCAACACAGACACGUAAUUGGUCAUUCGGGGAAAUUCAGUGGUUGCCAGCUUCAUAUGCUAGCUUCAGUUCAAGAGAGUAGAUAUACACUAGCAUGAAAUGAAAACUGACAAUGUGCACUCUUCAAAAUUAAGGUGUCAAAAGGGUUCUUUGGAGUAUUGCCAAAAAAGAACCACUUUCGGUUCCCUAAUGAUCCUGUCAAUGCAACACUUCAGCAUUCACAAACCUAGUCUCUGUAUUUUGCAGCUGUUGGCAUAAUUUGCAAUUUAUGUUGACUCAAAACAGACUGGCACUGACAUCUGGUAUACACACUUUAAAAUGAUGAUUCUUCAAGGGUUCUUUAGAAAAGAAAAUGGUUCUAUGUGGACCCAUGAACACUCAAAGAAUCCUUCCCUUUACAGGAUGAAAGUAUUCUUUGCAUGGUGAAAUGGUUCUUCAGAUUGAUGGAGAAUGCAUUGUAUACGGUUCUACAUAGAAUCUUUUGAAAAGGGAUCUAAAUAGAACCAAAAAUGUUUUUCUAUUGUGACAAGCUUGACCUUGACCGUAGCAAUAAAAGAACCUGGCCCUAUAUGGAACCCUUGUCUAAAGGGGUUUUUAAUGGAAUUAUCUAUAACAUAUUCUCCAUCAAUCUGAAAACCAUUUGACCAUGCAAUGAACCCUUAAUCAUGCAAAAUAUUCAUGGUUCUAUUUAGAAUCACAUAUAGAACUGCUUUCUUUUCUGAAGAAGUAUAAUUUUUAAAUGUGUAUAUUUUUGUUCUGUGUGGGGAAAUACCAGGGAACGUAGCUAAACUGCUGAUGCAGAUAGAGAUCAGGUUGAAAUCUUUCCUUUAAAGACCACUAAUUGGUUCUUCAAAGAACUGAAGGCGCUUCUUCUAUGGCAGGAGUGCCCAUUCCUGGUCCUGGAGACUUAGCACCCUGGAAAGAUCUAUCACACCUAUUUCUUAUAUUCUCCUUUAGAUGUGUUAGAUUAUAGUUGGAAUAUGGAUGAUUAUGGCUGAAUUUUACAUCAUGGUAGAUAUCCUGUACCAGGAUUAGGUCUCUGUUCUAUGGCUUUGCUGCAAAGAACCCUUUUGGCACCUUUAUGUGCAAGAGUGUGAAGCAUGAGCACUUCAAUACUACGCUUUGCUGAGGUAUGUUUGUACCUUAACCAUCCAUCUAGCAGUUAGUAAUGACAUUUAUAUCGAUUAUUUCAUACCUCAAAAUACAGUUCUGUAUGAGGAAUGUUCACACUAAGAAUGACUGCAGAUCCACGUGGAAUUUGCACAUAUGUCUCUUUUUGUACUAAUCUGUGGCAGAGAAGUAUCACAUGCAUGUCUACUUGUGUCGUCAUAGAUGCUAAGAAGACGACAGUGAGGCAUUUGCAGGCUAUGUCUGUAUGACUUCAGCCACUCAAAACUGAGUCUGAUUACAGUAAUAUCAUUCAUUCUUUAGGAAUGUGAGAGUUCUAUGGUAUCAUUCUGAAUGGAAUGCAGCACAUGCAUAUAGAUGAGUGAAGGAAGAUUAAAGAAAAGUUUCAUAACUACAUGGUGAGUCAAAAGUCACAGGACAGGUUUUACAUUAUUUUAUUUUAUUUUUUUAUUUUAUUAUAGACUUUUAUCUCUGGCGUCAUCUCAAACAAAUCAUGUAUGCUGAGAAAAUCUGAAACAAACACUACCUUCAGCAUUGCAUCAUGGAGGCUUGUGACAGCAUAAAAAAUAAAAUAAAAUAAAAUGGUGUCCUCUGACUUUCGACUCACCCAGUACUGUUUUGUAUGCAAACAUUUCUAACAUUUCAAGAAUGUAAGAACUUUUUAUGAAAUAUAUUUCUUAUGUAGAUUUAUUAUUAUUUCGUUUGUGAGUUAGUGCUGUAAGAAGUAGUUUAUGGGGCUGUCAAAUAAUUGAAACAAUCAUAAUUAAUCACAGUAUUUUGUGUAGUUAAUUACAUUUAUUUGCCCAUAUUUUACCCUAAAGAAAACUGUUUUCACAUUAAAAUAGCAGUACAUUUUAUUAUAGCUAUAUGUGCUUUAUCAAAAUGUAUUUAUUAAUGUAUUCAUUAGUUAACUUAAACAUGAAAAUCAUGUGAUUUUCAUAGAGUGAAUGGAGUUUCUCAUUUUCAUGACCAAUGUCCAGUGAGAGUGCAUGUACCAACAGUGGCUACAUGUACCAACCAAUAUAUAUAGGGGAACUGGAGCUCCACUUUGCUUUUGCAUUUGUGGCUUUUGUUGUUCUUUGGUCAAGUUAUCCAUGAUUCUUCCACAAGGUCCAGUGUAGUCUGAUGAAGGUGCUGGUUUCACUUUAAAAGCCAUUUUAAAGCCGUAUUUUAAUGUGAGCGCUAUAAUCAUGGAUUCUAUCAUUUCAACAAACAUGCUGGGCUUCAGCCUGAACUACUAAUGGAUCAAAGGGUCAAUAUAACAAUAUAAUAUUUGUCACUUUAUUAAUGGAUUAAUAAUAUAUUAACACUGACAGCCCUAAUAGUUUUAAUGCACUGUUUGUUCUGUUAUGUACAAUGAUGUUGUCAUACGGUUUCUAUUCUGCUACGGUUUCUGUUCUAUUCUGAGCUGAUUAAACAUUUCUGUUGCAUUUUUAAUAAUUCUGACAAUUUCUUACAUGCUAUUUUUGUAAUGUUUCGGAAGAAUGUGACAAAGUAAUAUGAUUUAAAAUACCAAAAAUAUUCUGCAAUUGUGGUGUAAUACCAAACAUAUUACCCUAAUGUCAAAAGCAGAUGACAUCAAUAAUAUAAUGUAUAUAAUGUAUAUAGAUGGCUCAUGUCAAUUUAAUAUCUGCCUUUAUAUCCUGAUUUAGUUGAUUUACAGUCACAUAUUUCUGUUGGUCCAGGUGUGUGAGGCUCCAGUUCUAAAUAAAGAGUUUAGCACUCUACCUCAUUUAGCAUACCUGUUUCAGCUCAUUAGCAAUGCCUCUGGGAGUUUAGUUUGAUGUGUUAGAGGAGGAAAUACACCAAUCUCUGCAGGGCUGAGCUUAACUCCCCUACUGUUAAUCACUUUUGAAUGAUUUAUUUUACACUAUGUCAGCAUUUGAUAUUCUUAUGUUGAAUAGAUCUAUUUAAAUCUAUUGUAUGUUAUCAACUUUACUAAAUAAAGCUAUUGAAAUUUGCUUUACUAA